GGCGUGAAGAGCUUGUCUGAAUACGGCGAUAUCGCCGUAUUCAGAUCAUUCACCAACUUACCAUCAUGGCAACGGACCUGGAAUUUCUCGAUCAAGUGACCGCCUUCUUGGAAACAGAGACCCUCGUUCGAGGGCUCACACCUCGCAAGUCACUACAGAACGAUGCCUUUCAACAUCAUGGAUUUCCGUCCAGUUGGAGAGCAUCUUUUCCCCCACCUCCGAUAAACGAUUUUGAAGAAGAAAACAGUAGUAGUAGCAGUGCGGAGGCGAGAGUCCCGACCAAGAGAAACAAACGAAGCAUUGACGCUGCUGAACUAAGCCGUCGACGCCAAAAAUAUCGCCAGCGUCAGAAAACUACACAUGAGGAACUGCGUCGACAGGAACAGGACCUGUCAAAACAGGUGCAGGAUAUCCUUGAUGCGAGAGCAGGAGCCAAAACGACAGCGCGGACGGAUCUGGCCCUGGCCAAGUCGUUCUGGAAGCGAGUGGCACAGUACCAACGCGAUCUGCGACUUCAAGUCGAGGCAGAGAAGAAUGGACUAGCAGCUAUGGUGAACGCUCAGGCAGCGUAUAUCGAAAGCAUGGGUGUAGUAACACGCGAACGACCGAGUCUAACUUCAUCUUCUACAUGGGUGUCCAUUCCUCGAAGCGUUGUGUACGACAAGGUUGAUGAUCGGAAGUGGCUCCGUCUCAAGUCAUCCGACACAGCACUUUACGAAGCGUACCUUCAAGACCUUUACGAUAGUCACGGUCGGGUCGACAAAGUACUCAACGAAUGUGGCAUAGACUCUCUACCUGUAAACACUAUCAGCUCACUCCAUCGACACAACCCGGACGGUGGAGUCGAGUACGUUCAACUUGUUAACAAGUUCCUGCAGCCUUUCAGCUUCGAGGACACAUGCAGCAGUUUGUGGAAGAUCGCGGAUCUGCCCUAUCGACAUAUCGACCGCGAGGUUUUUCGAGAUAUACCGGACUCAGACAACACUGUUGUAGUCAAAUUUCGCGUCAAGAAGAUGCUCAGUAAAGACACUAGCGUAUCGAUCUUGAAACGCGUCGUAGCUCGUCGAUUUGACCAUGAAGAUCGCGUCGUGAUGAUAUGGAAGGUCUUCUGGGAAGGCGAGGGAAUCUUCAGUGGGAUGGAUAUUGACGAGACCGCGUGGGUGUGUAUUCGACCGUAUUCCGACGACUCCCACAUCGGCGCUAUGACGGAGACGUGCACUCGACAAGUUCCAGUGCAGUACCUUACGUCGCGCAAGAAAGAUCCGACAGUCCAAGCAUUUUGGAAAAUGACCCACGAAGUAAACGAAGAGGAAAAAAAAAAAAUUGUCCGCUUUCAAGCAUAGUUGCUGGGGGACGGAGGCAUACUAGAAGCUGAAGUUGUUAACGAGUAGCGAUGCACUCAUCUAGUUUGGGGGUUCUACUGUUAGCAUGGUACGUGUUUACAUGUGCAACUUUUACGAAAUAUAAACGUAAAUUGCUGUACAGUGCAAUGUACAGUACAUGUAGACCCAGAACAAGGCAACAAAAUAGGUCAAAUUCGACACUAGGUCACAUCAAUAAUCUCAAUUUUUGUAUUGGGAUAGGUCACGAGUCGGAAGUGAGCGUGUGCGAGGCCCGUAUCCGCAGCAAAC